CAAUUGUAACAGUUAGAACGUUUCAAUUUUGAGUCGGAAGUAGUCGUCUCGGUAUUUAAACUUUAUAGUCUAAGACCUUCGGAGAGUUCGCAACCUCCAUUGAUGAUCUCUCAAUAGUUCAAACAUUUCAAGUUCUAAAUAAUAAACCGCAAUACAAAAUUUAUAAUUUAUUAAUUGAUAGGUAACUGAGACAUUUUAUUUAUUUUCAACCAUGGCACCAGAAAAUACUGAAAAAUCAAAGCUUUUAACAGAAUCCACAGUUAAUGGAGAAGACAAACUAUCAAGCCUUCCAACUUGGAUAAAUGAAGAGAAUUUCCAAAGUGUAUUCGAGGAAAAUAUCCCAGGAUAUAGAAAAACAUUAAGCUUUGAAGUUAAAGAAACUGGUGGUGGUGGAGAAAAUUAUGCAUCGAUGAUGAUGAGAGUCAAAGCUAAAGUGGAACUUAAAGAUGGCUCCACAAAAGACAUUGCAUUUAUGAUCAAAACAACUCCACAAGGCGAACAAGGUGCCGCAAUGGUAACCAUGAUGGGGUUAUUUCCAAAGGAAACAGCAAUGUACGGCAAGUACUUACUUGAAUUUGAAAAAAUGUAUCGAUCUGUCGGCAAAGAAGUCACAUUUGGUCCGAAAUUUUACAAACUCAAAAAUGAUCCUGGUGUUGAGUAUGUUCUUUUAGAAGAUAUCUCCCCGAGAGGAUUUAAAAACGUGAAUAGACAAAAUGGUCUCGAUAUGGACCAUACCAACUCAGUUUUGAAAAUUUUAGCCCAGCUACAUGCUGUUUCUGCUGUUCGAUAUGAACUAAAAGGUGAUUAUGAAGAAUCCUUUAUGAAAAGUCCUUUCAAUGAAGAUUCUCGUGAAAGUCUUGACGCCAUGAUGAAACCAAUGAUAAAGGUUAUUAAGGAAUGUUAUGCUAAGCAUGAAACUGGUAUCAAAUAUUUACCAAAAUUGGAACUUUUGUUUGAUAAAAUGAUAGAAAAAUUCAUUGAUGAAAAUAAACUUAAUUUAAAUGAAUUUAAUGUUAUUGUUCAUGGUGAUUUAUGGUCGAAUAACAUCAUGUUUCGACACAAUGACGAAGGCAAACGAGAAGAGACAAUUCUAAUUGAUUAUCAAAUGAGUCGAUUUGCAACUCCUGUUGUCGAUUUAUUCUACUUUUUACUAUCUUCACCGAGUUUAGAUAUCAAAGUUUCAUGUUUUGAUGAAUUUAUACAAUUUUACUAUGACAAUUUAGUUGAAAAUCUAAAAUUACUAAACUAUCCAAAGAAAUUGCCAACAUUGAAACAAUUGAGAAUGGAUUUAUUAAAAUAUAGUUCAUUUGGUGUAUCAACUUUAACUGGUAUUUUGGCUGCGAUACUUUUAGACCCAACUGAGAAUGCAAAUAUUGAUAAUUUCCUGGAAGAAAAUACAGAAGCUACGGAUUUUAAAACCAAGUUGUAUGAUAAUCCAAGAUACAUUAAGCAUUUAGAGGUUAUAUUGCCAUGGAUGGAUAAAAUGGGAUAUUUAGAUGAAUCUUAAUUUAUCAAAAGUGUUCUUUAGACUUUUUUUU